CACACAAAGGUUGUAAUUCGCCAUUUAGAAAUAAAGUUUUCUUCUGUCAAGGAAACUGUCAUGGCUGCGCCCAUGCCUAACGAUCAUAGCUGUUUUUUUGCUUUGGCUCUCUGUGUUUCAUUUCUCAAAUGUCUUUUGAUAAAUGCCUACCACUCUACGGACUUUGAAGUACAUAGGAACUGGCUUGCCCUGACUCACAGUCUGCCAGUAUCACAGUGGUAUUAUGAGGCAACAUCUGAAUGGACAUUGGAUUAUCCUCCCCUGUUUGCUUGGUUUGAAUAUGGACUUUCUCAUAUUGCCCGAUUUUUUGAUAAGGAGAUGCUGGUUGUUCAGAAUCUGAAUUAUGCAAGUCCAGCCACAGUCCUGUUCCAAAGGCUGUCAGUCAUUGCAGCUGAUGUGGUCUUGAUUUAUGCUGUUAAAGAAUGCUGCAAAUGUUUGCGAGAAGACAAAGGAAAGGACCUUCUGGGAAAGCCAUCUUUCAUUCUGACAGUGUUAGUACUGUGGAACUUUGGCCUUCUAAUUGUUGACCAUAUUCAUUUUCAGUAUAAUGGCUUCCUGUUUGGAGUUCUACUUCUAUCAAUAGCAAGACAUUUCCAGAAUAGACACUUAGAGGGGGCUUUGCUGUUUUCAAUACUUCUAAACUUGAAGCAUAUAUAUCUAUACAUCGCUCCUGCAUACGGUAUCUUCCUGCUGAGAUGUUUUUGUUUCACCCAGAACAAUGCAGAUGGGUCUUUGCAGUGGAGAGGAUUCAGUCCCUUGCGACUGGUUGCACUAGGAACUAUUGUCUUGACUACUUUUGCAGUGUCUUUUGGACCCUUUAUAGCACUGGGUCAGCUUCCACAAGUCCUGUCACGACUCUUCCCCUUCAAACGUGGCCUGUGUCAUGCGUACUGGGCACCAAACAUCUGGGCGCUUUACAAUAUAGCAGAUAAAGCUUUUUCCAUUCUGGGUGUGAAAUUGAAACUGCUUGACACAAACACACUUCCCAAGGCCUCGAUGACUGGUGGUCUGGUUCAAGAGUUUCAGCACUCUGUGCUUCCUUCAGUUUCUCCUUUAGCAACCCUUGCUUGUACGUUACUGUCAGUGUUGCCUGCUCUUCUCAGGAUAUGGCAUAGACCUGAUGGAGCGAGAGGAUUCUUGCGCUGCCUUGUCAUUUGUGCCCUUGGAUCCUUUAUGUUUGGUUGGCAUGUACAUGAGAAAGCCAUUCUGAUGGUCAUACUUCCUUUAAGUUUGCUCGCUGUGGAGAGUAGAGAAGAUGCCAGGAUUUUUCUUAUCCUCAGUAUUACUGGUCACUAUUCCUUAUUUCCACUCCUCUUCACAACCCAAGAGUUGCCCCUUAAAAUAUUUAUAAUGUUGCUGUUUACAAUCUUCAGUUUCACUUCCCUAAAAACGCUGUUCAGGAAGGGUGGGUCUUUGUUGAACCCGCUGGAAGCCACGUAUCUCUUGGGCUUGAUUCCUCUGGAGCUCAUCUGUGAGUUUGUUUACCCGCUGACAGUCUGGCAGAAGACGUUCCCCUUCCUCCCUCUGAUGUUCACCUCAGUGUACUGCGCACUGGGAGUGACAUAUGCCUUCAUCAGACUAUAUAUUUCAUUGCUGACAUGUUCAGACACCACUAAAAGGAUCAAAACACAGUGAAUCAGAGGCUAGGUUUAAUUUCUAGAAACUGUUUAUUUCUGUUGAGUUGGACAAAAAUGUUUUGUUGGACCAAAAUUAUAGAUUUGUAGAUAUCUCAGGAUUUGUUUGGGGAUGGUUUGUGGGAGUAUCUCGGUACUCAGCUGUUUAUUACUUUAUUGAAUAUAGACUAUGGAUACAAAUGUUUAUUUUUGUUGUAUUUUGCUCAUUAAACUUUCCUAUAACCUGCA